AUACACAUCUAUGCAAUACAGAAGCAAGCAUAUAUGCUCAUUCAACUCUUCCGUUCUUGUCUUUCAAAUGACGGAAAUUGAAGGAUGAAAUCGUUGUUCAUUAAAAACGGCCAUAAACAGCAAAACUCACGAUCCAAUAUGCCUUCAACGUCAAAAUCUGCUCAGAGGAGGGUAGAGGUAAUUGAAGUUCAUGACAGUUCAGCCGAGCCAACAGUAGAUUCAGAUUAUACAUUGUCAGCUGAUACUCCAAGCGAUGAUAGUGACGAUAUUUACGUUGAUGCUCCAGAUAGCGAGGAUGAGGAUGAGUACGAUGCAGGCUCGGAAGAAAUCACACUUUUACCAACUCGCCGAAGUCAAAGUCUCAGUCCUUCCAAAUCAAGCACUUCUGGCCUAUCUCGAUCAUCCCGCAGUGCAGCUAGCUCACAGGGAAGGACACCAUACGAACGAAUGAUGGAGUGCAUUUUGGACAUCCUCGAAGCAGAUGACGAGCUGCCGGAAACAGAAGGAAGCAAUACCCAAAAAGAAAUUCCACAAGGAUCAAAGACCUUCUUUCACUACCUCAAUUCUGACGUAGCUGUCUUACGACCAGACGUUCUGUUGAAGAUCAACGCUCUUUUACGGCAAUAUGCGGUGCAUAUACCCAGCUCUGAAAGGAGAUCGAACGAUGCUUCAGGAUCCUCCAAUCCAUCUAGUACGACCUCAGAUUUCGAAUUGCGGGUCGAGCCAGAGGUGAUGUCAAGAUUGCUAAAGAUCUUGCAUCGUAGUAUUGCUGAUCAAGAAAGCAUUGACCCAUUCGCAUCUAGCAAGAAGCGUGCAGGAUCAAACAAAGUAUCGAAAGAUCACAAGAAGAAGCGAGCUCGUCUGACAUCAUCAUCACCUACAAAAGAAGCGCAUACAUCCGGCAAUACGUAUGACGACGAUGAAGAUGAACAUGCUCAUGAUGAUAUUUCAAGCGUAGCUGGUAAGCUGUCCCAACUCGUAUACGCAGGUACUGCGGCACAUUGUGCUUUCACGAUUCUUUCAUCCAACAUCGUCGACGAUUCUUUACGAUGUGAGGAGAUCAUGCUACCAUAUAUGCAUACACUGCGGCUCGUAAUUCAGAGAUGCUUUUUACCAUUUGUACAAGCAUGCGUCGGUACAUCCUCCAGUUACAGUUCUCUAACACUCAAUGAAAUCGUACAGACUUUGGGCGCCAGCGGACGCAAUCAAAAAAGAGGAAAAGCAACAUCAAAAGAUACAGCAACAAUCGCUCGCAUGGAUGGAACGGAAAAGUGUAGAAUUAAUCUUGCACGAAUGAUGGAGACUCUGCAAAAUACCUUAUCCCAACUUCAAGCACUAUCCAACAUCACUUCAACCUGGAAAAUUUCAGAACCUUGUCUCGCUAUCGUGGCAGGCAGCAUUUUGCCUAUCUUUUCCGUACCUGAGCCAGAAGCGAAUCCGUCUUUAGAAAGUUUGAAAAUCGGCAAAGCAGCAUGGGCAUCGUUGAGAAAAGGCAACGAGAAAUCUUUCCUUCCAAUUGUUAGAGCUCCUGCUUUCAAUGCGCUUUAUGGUAUCUUUCAACGUUGCGAUCCUGGCCAGCAUACAUUCAUCGUCAAUAGCAUACUUGAUCAUAUCACCGGCAUUCAGGAAAUGAGCAAGAACACCCAUCGACAAUACGGCUUGGAAAACGGAAAGAGCAUUCACUCAAUAAGUGCACUCAUGAUUCGAUUAGUACAAUCAUUCAAUAAGCCCGUCCAGACAACGGAGAAAUCUUUCGAUCAACUACUCGAAAUGAGUCAAGAGAGUGUCGCAAGCCGUGAAGAAAAGGCAGAAGAAAAUGCCAAGGUUUACGACACUGAAACCAUGCGGAAGCAAUUGGAUGGUCCUAGAAAUUUGGCCAGACUGAUAGCCGAAGGGCUUCUGCAACGUAUCAAACAGAAGAAAGCUGUAAAGACGGGCGCAGGAGCGGAGGUUUGCUCGAGUACAAUGCUAGAAUGGCUAUCGCACGACUUACUGGAAACAGUGUUCCUGCUCAAAUGGCCAGGUGCUUCUCUCAUCUUGAGUCAGAUGUGUAGGCUGUUCAUGGCGUGCUACGAGGAGAAACAAACUUCGCCUGAGCUUCGUGGGAUUGCCAUUGAAUUUCUCGGUCAGGUUGCAGCCCAUAUGCAGGCUUCGCAGGCACGACUUAGAGAACUCAAUUCAAAUGCACAGUCGAAUAGGAGCGCGAUUGACAAGUUGAACAUGUCGAUUGACUCGCAAGAUCAUCAGCCUCUACUUGUGUUGGAAGAAGCAUAUUCUAAGCUCAUUCUCAAUUUGCGACAACAGAGUGAUAGCAAGCGUAAUCGCUCUGAUGGACCAGCUCGUUUCCUAGAGGCACAGUGGGGAGUAGAGCUCGCAUAUCUGCAUCGCAAAAUUAUUGAGCGCUUAGAAGUUUCACAAGCUGGCUUGAGCAAUGAACAUGAAGAGAAUGGAGGUUUUGGCAGGAUGGUGUCGGCAUUGGAUGAUGCUUUUGAACGCUGCUCAGACAUAUCGAGCGAUACAAUCUCGCACAAGCACGGCAAGCAAAAGAUGGAGCAAGACAAAGCAGAGUCUGUACAGCAAUUAUUCGAGUCUGUGGUACACACCUUCAAUUACAUGAUUCCAUGCGAAUCUCUUGUAGAUGUACUACUUGACGCUUCUGGAGGACCGGUAGCAAGUAAUCGUGGUAAAGCUUUACGUGCUCUAGGCAAUAUCAGUCAUGCAGACCAAUACUUCUUGCAGAACGGUGAAGUACGCCUGGCGAUUCAAAGAUGCUUGCUAGAUGAAUCCGUCAAUGUUCGUGACAAUGCAGUGGGCUUGUUGGGCAAAUUUGUUCUAAAUAAUCCGAAUUACAUUGAGCCGCUUUUGCCCAGCCUCAAAGCAAAGAUUGAGGAUACAGGUCUCUUGGUACGCAAGAGAGUUCUGCGUCUGAUGGGCGAUAUCUAUCACAAAACACAAAAUGAAACCGUCAAAUCUGCUUGUGCCAUUGAGAUCGUACGUUGCGUACACGAUGAAGAGCAAUCUAUUCAGGAUCUUGCUAUAUCCAUCAUCAGUGGACUCUGGUUCUCCUCUGUGGAUCAAUCGGAGGCCACGAAAGGCAGAAAGAUUUCGACAGAUGAUGCGAUGAUGACAGAAGAAGCAGAGGAAGGCAUGAAUCAGGAAAUGAUUGUCAAGAUUGCGUCACUCUCUUCAGUUGCGGACGGAAACACUGGCCGUGCACCGCCCCUUGAAGUUGCUAUCCGUCGAUUGCUCGAUGAUGGAUCAACAUCUCAUCAAACGAAGACACAACUCUACAAUAUCGUAGAUACCCUUUGCAACAUGAUUGGAAACACUUUGACACAACCAUCAGAGCAAGAAGUGGCACGAUAUGGAAGAACACUGACUUUGCUAGUGCGGGUGCAUCCCGAGUCCAUCACCGUGUCGCAUUCGAAACUGCUUCUGCCAUGCAUCAGGCCUUGUUCGACCGUGGCAGAAUUGUCUCUUUUGGCAUCAUUGCUCAGCGUUUACACGACAUCAUUGCCAAAGUUGCCCAAAAUUGCCUUGUCUUUUGCUCAGCAAUUGCAAGAUGCUUUACGACCUUUGAUCAGUCAACCUUCGCCACAUUUGCCAAUCUUGUCGGAACUGAUGCAAUGCUAUGGCGCUGUGAUCAGCCAUCAUACUCAUGAUUACGCAAUCUUGGUCAAAACACUACAACAGUGUCAUAGACUAUUGUGUGGUCUAGUAAGCAAAGCGAGAAGUCGAAAAGUCGUAGCUGUAGCCGAUCGUAAUGACGCAGUGAUUAUUCGGCUCACGGCUUUGUUGGUUGAAUCUGUCGAUUUCGACCGCGUACGCAACAGGGAAGUCAACAUGGCCCCAAGCAUAGAUGUCGUGACUCGUCGAUCAAUCAAAGAUGAGAUCGUCACACUAUUCUUGCGUUUAUUCGAGAAUUCAAGCUUCGUGCCGCAUGCUUUGAACGGUAUCCGAUUCAUGGCUAGAGGCUUCCCGGAUUUGCUCACGAGGGAGAAUGUACGAGAAAGGCUUUCACACAUCCUUUCAGACGGCAAUGUAAACGAGAAAGCAAUUGUUGUUCGUGCAUUGGCUGACGUUCUGGUAGUUGAUGAGGGCAAGCACACCACCAAAGCCGUUCAAGCAGGAUUCGGUGAAUUGGUAGGCAAUACAGAAUCGUCAGCAAACCCGAUCAGCUUUGAAAUCGUUCAGACUUAUCUUGACGUGAUAGUACCCCUGGUCCAUGAACCAGAGCUGCAAGCCUGCAUAUUGGAGAUCAUUCAGCAUAUCAUCAUGCGAGGGAUGUGUCAUCCUAUGCAAUGUCUACCAUGCCUCGUAUCGUUGGAAACUCAAAUCGAUGUACCGACAAUCAGUCUGAAAGCGCAACAGCUACACAAAAAUUUGGUCCAAAAGACAGGUUCAAAUAUCAGUUUUCGUUAUGCUCAAUGUGCAAAAUCAGCAUGGGAGAUGCAUGUUCGACAACGCAAUGGAGAUGCAGUUCUGGCUCGCGGCGCAAUCUCUCACAGAUCUGUCCUUCAGCCAUGGUAUGACAUCAUUUUAGAUCAUCAACCAAAGCAAGCCCGAAUGGAUAUUUUGGCAGCAUUCAUCAAAGCGUUUGACGUGCAACCAUCUACGAGCGAAUGCUCUCAAAGUGAGGUCCAACGAGCUCGAUUCAUGGCUGAAGCAAUCUCGGUCCUGGACUUCAAAAUGAUGGAUGAGGUACAACUUAUCCUCGACAACCUUCAAGAAAUACUCAAUCUGUCUGGCGAACAAGUACGCGUGUUUGCAAUGGAAGAAAUCGAAGUGGACGGAGAAGAUGAAAGAGACGAAGACGAAUUGGAUGAAGAAGAAAUUGAUCGAGUGAUUGCUUUCGGUCGAAUGUCUAUGAUUCUGUCUUUUGCCUACCUCUUACGCUAUCAUCUUAUGGAACAGUACGGCAUCUCAGAAUCACGCUCUCAAAACACAUCUGCCACAGCCAAAGCUUCAACUAAAGUUGCAACUCGUAAAUUUGCCCCAAGCACAAUCUCCUGGCGUGAUCUGCCCAGAGCCACACAACCAAUGAGCCUUUCCUACAAAAUGGCCAAACAAGAACUAACAAACUUUGAUAACCUCUUUUCAGCAUAAUCUCCGGGAUCCCUUACAAUGACACUAUCACAUUAUACCCCUUUUCUCUAAACACAAUGUACCUAUACACAUACACACCAAGCUGAGC